UCUAUAAGUGGGCAUGAUCAUUACGGUCGCUCUAGCGGCCUUGAUACCGCUCUUAACGCUGGGCGAAGAGUCCAGUACAGAACUCUUCAAGGAAGAUGCACAGUCGAUGAACGAUCUGAUGGUUUCCAGUCGGUCCAAACUCACAAUCCGGGAACAUAUUUGGUUGUCGCACCAAGAGUCGUGCGACCAGGGCUACCAUACGCGGUCUCAUUUAAUAUUCUGAAAAGCCCAGAAGAGGACCAUAUCGUACGAGUUCAGAUUCGAACCGAUCAAAACGAUACCGUAGCUACAAGAGUGGUGAAGAAUGUCCGACAAGGAAUACCGCAAACAGUAACAAUCGAUACCGUAUCUGCCGAUCUCUCACCGAACAUGAAUUAUAAGGUUUACGUUCGUGGUGAAACUCUGAACUCGCAAGUUUUAUUCGAAAACGAGAAGUCUGUCGAAUUUAAUGAGAAGAGCCUUUCGAUUUUCGUACAAACCGACAAAGCCAUUUACAAGCCUGGAUCCAUUGUGAAAUAUCGAGUUGUUGUGGUGUCACCGACACUCACCCCGUAUAAGGAUACUGUCACUGUGAAGGUCUAUGAUCCAAAUCAGAACGUGAUCAGUCAAUACGUCGAUAAGGCGCUCACUAAAGGGGUGUUUUCAUCUGAACUCGAAUUAGCUUCGGAACCACCGCUUGGUGAAUGGCAACUGAAAGUAGAGACAGCGAAUAAAUUGAAAUAUACAAGAACUUUCUCCGUCGAAAAGUACGUUCUACCAAAGUUCGAUGUAAACAUAAAAACUCCUUCGUUUAUUACUGUUAACGACGACCUAUCGUUACUUGUGGAUGCCAAGUACACCUACGGAAAAGGAGUUUCUGGCAAGGCGAAAGUCACUCUACAACUGCCUUGGCACAGAUGGAAUCCGAUUCCGAAGCCUAUUAUUGUGAACGAAGACGGAACCACAUCACAGGUAGACGAAGAUUCACAAAUCGAACGUACAGUGAAACUCAACAAUUUGGGUGAAGCAACGGUUGUCUUCACGAAUGAGGAAAUGAAGAAACAUAGGCUCGUACAGGACUACGGUGGUGGCAGUAUUCGAAUCAUUGCUACUGUGACUGAAGACUUGACUGAUAUACAACGUAAUGGAACCCAGCACAUUUCAACUUAUCGCUAUGAUGUGAAAUUGGAUGUGGAGAAACAAGGUGACACCUUCAAACCGGGCCUUACCUAUAAUGUGGUGGUAACGUUGAAGCAAAUGGAUGACACACCAGUGAAAGCCAGUGUACCAAGACGAGUCCAGGUGACUACCUUCUUUAACUAUCCGUUCAAUCCUGACUCACCAACACAGCAUGAAGAUAAGGAAGUGAAGAUUGUGGAUCUGGAUGCUCACGGAACCACCGUACUCGCACUGCAACCGCCUCUCAACUGUACUAGUGCAAGGAUUGAGGCUCAUUACGACCGUACUGGUAAAGACAAUUUCACCGAUGCCGUCAUCUACAGCAGUUUGUACGUGGAGGCAGGCAAGUCUCCGUCGAACUCAUUCCUUCAACUGAUAGCCGACAACGAAGGCGCUGUCGAUGUGGGCAAGACGCUCUCGUUCUCGGUUAAAGCCACUGAGCCGAUAACAGUUCUUACUUACCAGGUGAUGUCCCGUGGUGCUAUAGUACUUUCAAAAGAGAUUCCUGUGAAUUCAGACCACACCACUAUCUCUUUCACGGCAACUCACGAUAUGGCACCUAAAUCGAGGUUGGUUGUCUAUGCUGUUCGGCCUAGUAAUCAUGAAAUUCUCGUAGAUGCCACCGACUUUAAGGUGGAUGGAUUGUUCCGUAACAAUGUUACCCUUGGUGUGGACAAGACCUCCGUCGAACCGGGCGAAUCAGUUUCUUUCAAGGUCACCGCUGAUCCAGAUUCCUUCGUUGCAUUGCUUGUCGUUGAUCAAUCCGUGCUUUUGCUUAAAUCAGGAAACGACAUAACACCACAGAUGGUUUGUUCUGAUUUUUUUUAUUAA